AAUUGCAAACCGCUUGUGUGAUGAUGAGUACUUGGUUUCCUGUCUGCAUAGUUAAUACAAACCACGUGGUGUGAAAGCAGACUGCAGCUUCUUUUGUUCAAAUCAAUCAACCGGAGACGGGCAGAGAGCAGCUGAAUCAGGAAAUCGCCGGUUCUGAUAGAAAAAUGCCUCGUAAGAAGGUGACAGAUGUCUCAGGGAAUGGUGGGAUGAAGAAGAAGAGAGUAAGCGGCAAAAGGAAAGAAAGGGACUUUAGUAGUGAUGAUGAAUUUGACUACGACCAGGAGAACAACAAGAAACUUGGCAAGCCUUCUGCCAAGUCUGGUCUCCAGCCUGUUACUGUGGCAGAAGACAUCAAAGAAAAAAUAAAACUUGAGUGCCCUAAGGUGAAAGGUCAGCUGCUCAUCUUUGGAGCAACCAACUGGGAUUUGAUUGGAAGAAAGGAGGUGCCCAAACAACAAGCUGCUUUCCGCAACCUGGGCCAAAAUCUGUGGGGUCCUCAUCGCUAUGGCUGUCUGAAUGAUGUCCAGGUUAGCUGUGUGGUGUCUGGUCCCUGCGCUGCGCACAGUCUACUCAUGACCACUGAGGGCAAGCUGUGGAGCUGGGGUCGUAACGACAAAGGCCAGCUGGGUCAUGGGGACACCAAGCGUCUUGAAGCGCCCAAGCUGAUUGAGGCCUUUGCAGAUCAUGUGAUAGUUGCUGCAGCCUGUGGGCGCAAUCACACUCUGGCACUCACAGAGGAUGGAACUGCAUACUCUUUUGGUGAGAACAAGCUGGGUCAGCUAGGACAAGGCAGUCAGACUGAUGCGGUCCUUAGUCCAGCACAGAUCUCGUACAAUGGGCAGCCACUAGUGAAGGUAGCUUGUGGAGCUGAAUUCAGCAUGGUGGUAGACUGCAAAGGAAACCUGUAUUCCUUUGGCUGCCCGGAAUACGGACAGCUAGGUCACAACAGUGAUGGGAAAUUCAUAGCUCGUGCUCAGCGCAUCGAGUUUGACUGUGAGCUCAUCCCUCGCCGUGUUGCUAUCUUCAUUGAGAAGUCCAAGGAUGGACAGAUUAUGCCCGUGCCUAAUGUUGUGGUCAGAGAUGUGGCCUGUGGGGCUAACCACACUCUGGUGCUGGACUCUCAGAAGCGAGUAUUCAGCUGGGGUUUUGGUGGUUACGGGCGUCUGGGCCACACAGAGCAAAAGGACGAGAUGGUUCCCAGACUGGUCAAAUUGUUUGACUUUCCUGGACGUGGUGCCAGUCAGAUCUGUGCAGGUUACCAGUGUUCUUUUGCCGUCAGUGAGAUGGGGGGGCUGUUUUUCUGGGGAGUGACAAACACUUCUAGAGAGUCAACUAUGUACCCCAAAGCUGUGCAGGAUCUGUGUGGCUGGAAGAUCCGCAGUCUGGCAUGUGGGAAGAGCAGUAUUGUUAUUGCUGCAGAUGAGAGUACGAUCAGCUGGGGCCCCUCACCCACAUUUGGAGAGUUGGGAUAUGGAGACAAUAAGCCCAAAUCCUCCACCACUGCCCAAGAGGUCAAGACCUUGGAUGGCAUCUACAUUGAGCAGGUGGUGAUGGGCUACUCUCACUCACUGGUUAUUGCCAGACAGGACACUGAGCAGGAACGGGAGAAACUUAAAAAGCUGCCUGAAUACAACCCUAGAACAAUCUGAUUGGGCUUCUGCUGGCAAAAUCUCAACCUUUUUCAUUGGAACAAGACCAGCAAUUCUCAUCAGGACCACCUGCUGGUCUUGGUGGUGUACUAGUGGCAUGGUUGAGUUCAGGGGAAGACACAAGUCUGAAGGUUAUCCACACACCUCAACUACCAGCAAACUUUCUCGAUACCAAUUUGGACACUAAAUACACUGAAAACAAUAGAAAAUGGGCCUGGAGACGGACAGGUACUCUUAAUGGUCCAGCACUCAGAACAAACAGUCAAGGUAGCUUCACUUCCCACCUUAAGUGAACUUGUAACAGUUUGCUCCAAGCACUGCUCACCAGGCAUAGUAGUGCUUCCCAAAACCUUAUUUCUAUUUUGUAUCUCAUUCUAUUUUAUUUGUUUCAGUAUUUGAAAUUAUACAGUUGUCACAGUUACUGGUGCUACAGCAGGACCCUCAGUCUUUUCCUACUGAGGGAUUUUCAAAGACAAAUUCUCCAUACCUGUGCCUUUUUUUUUUUUAAACAUGUAUGUUCAGGAUAUGAAAGUCUUGUUUGUAUUGUUCAGAAGAGCAGACCUAUGUGCAGCUGCCACAGAUUAGGACCAGAUUUGGAACAUGAAGUUCUGAGUUCUUGCACUCCACUUGAUGUUACAUUCCUUGUUGUUUUCUACAGUGUUUGGAUCAAAGAUGCACCACCUCACUUCUUCCAAGACAACUGUCUCUACUAAUGCUUGUCUUUGCUAAUUUAAGUCAUAGUAAUUAUUCCAACACUCAAAAAAUGGUUUCUCAAGCAUCAGUUAAUUUCAGUUCAGUUCAUCAGAAAAAUUAGAACCAACAAUGCAAUGUAUGGAAAUGGGUCAUUGUAGCGAGGUGUGCUGGGAGAGAAGGCACAUCCUCUUCAAAACAGCUGAGAUUUUUUUUUCCUACUCGUACUCCAUUAUGUUUAUUGGGGAAUUUCUCUGGGUUACUUUUUUCAUUGAAAUGGUUAAAUAAAGAUUCAUGGGAAUCUGA